UCUCUUAUGGGCGGAGCCUCGCCCUGAGCCACGUCUAGUGAACUGUUCUCCUAAUUUGGGAAGGGUCGGGCGCGGGCGGGGCGUGCAGCUGCGAGCCGCACGGUGUGCGCCUGCGCUGUGCGCCGGGACAGGGCGUGUUCCUCGUUCGGUUGCCCGUUUUGCGCAGAUCGAGUGCAUCUCUCGCCGCGCGGUUUCGCUCUGCGGAAGCCUGUCGUUCUCGCGCCCUGUGAGGUGCUGCUCUCCGCAAUCAUGUCCAAGUCUCUGAAAAAGUUGGUGGAGGAGAGCCGGGAGAAGAAUCAGCCGGAAGUGGACAUGAGUGACCGGGGCAUCUCCAACAUGCUGGAUGUCAACGGCCUUUUCACCCUGUCGCACAUCACGCAGCUGGUCCUCAGCCACAACAAGCUGACGACUGUGCCACCGAACAUAGCAGAACUGAAGAAUUUGGAAGUGCUGAACUUCUUUAAUAACCAGAUUGAGGAGCUGCCCACACAGAUCAGCAGCCUUCAGAAGCUCAAACACUUGAACGUCAGCAUGAAUAGACUCAACACCCUGCCUCGAGGAUUCGGCUCACUCCCAGCUCUGGAGGUCCUUGAUUUGACUUACAACAACUUGAAUGAAAAUUCUCUUCCUGGAAACUUCUUCUACCUGACCACCCUGCGUGCACUCUAUCUAAGUGACAACGAUUUUGAAAUCCUGCCGCCAGAUAUUGGGAAGCUCACAAAGUUGCAGAUACUCAGCCUUAGGGAUAACGACCUGAUCUCGCUGCCGAAGGAAAUUGGGGAGCUUACUCAGCUUAAGGAACUCCACAUUCAGGGGAACCGCCUGACCGUUCUGCCCCCAGAACUCGGAAACUUGGAUCUAACUGGUCAGAAGCAGAUAUUCAAAGCAGAGAACAAUCCUUGGGUUACCCCAAUCGCUGACCAGUUCCAGCUUGGCGUGUCUCAUGUUUUUGAAUACAUCCGUUCCGAGACGUACAAAUACCUCUACGGCAGACACAUGCAGGCGAACCCGGAACCGCCGAAGAAAAAUAAUGACAAAUCGAAAAAGAUCAGCCGGAAGCCCCUGACAGCCAAGAACAAAUAAGGGGUGGGCAUGGGCUGGACUUCUGAUUGCUAUCUCAUUAUUCCUCCUCUUCUCUCUUGUCCUGUCUCACAAUUACAAUGUGUGUGUGUGUGUGUGUGCGUUUUGUUUUUUUUCUUUCUAGUGCUUUCCACCUUACCUUUUAAAAUUUUUGGCCGGUGGUAGAUUUUUUAUAAGUUCUUCAAACCAUUUCCAUUUGUUUCCUUGAAAUUGCCAAAGGCAGGAAACAAAGCUCUAAAUCAGCUGCAAAUUCCAUCCGAGGCACAGCUUUUAGUUCCUUCCAUAGAUGUUCACAGAGUUGCUUAUUAUGAAAAGAAUGAUUAAAAUCAUGUAGUCAUUUGAAUGUCACAGUUAACACUGUUCACCUUUCUGUUUAUUCACAUAACUCAUUAUCUUUGCUUUAUUAAAACUCUUCCUUCACCACUGAGAUAUUAUGUUCACUUACAAAUGAUUUGAAUAAAAUCUUGAAUUUGUAUCACCUAUUGCUUCUUGAAUAAAAAUACAAUCUGAUCUUGGGGGUACAUGCCCAUUUUUGUUAAUUUUCCUCCACAAACAAUCUUGUCCAAUUUUAUUGGUGGUUGUAGCUGAUAAACCCUGAAACCUUCCAUGAAAAAUUAAAUCAGAGUUAAUUUCUUCUCA